UUGCUUCACUGGCCCCCUCGCACAACUGACUGGGUGCCUUUGGGGCAUUGAUCAGAUUUGAAUAUUUUGUUUUCAUUGUCAAAAGUCGGUUAGAAAGAAGGUGACCAUUUUGAUUUACCGUGUUUAUUGCGAACAAAUCCAGAAUGAUCCUUUUGCUGAUCUUACUAAAUGGUUUGACUUGUAAAGGAGAAAUUUCACGUGAAUAUCCGACAACAUUUGAUUAUAAAGAAGUAGAAAAUUUAACGUUGAAUAUAUCAAAUCAUGUGGAAAAAGCUGUCAUAGAACAUCAACUGCUGUACUGUCCAAUCAAACCAUUGUGUAACGGGCUUACAAGGCCUUCAUUACCAGCAAAUAAUUCCAAUAAUUACAUCAGUUGUUGUGACCAAUGUUCCUGCAGUCAUGUCGCGCCAGCAGAAGAACAUUGUCCAAACAUUGAUAUUCCGAACAAGUCAAUUUUACAGACUUGUAUUUACCCUCAGUAUAAAGAAUACGGACAAACUAAUCUUACAGCCAAACACUCAUACUACAUGUUUGCAAACUGUGCAACAGACUUUACAGACAUUGAUAUCAUUAACAAAUGUACGUCUGACCAAAGCGAGGUUGAUUUAUUUGAUAUUUACCUUUAUGCACCAGUCUCACCAAUCAAUAAAACAAUUGUGUACAAAAAAUAUGUAUUGCGCCAUUUGCAAUCACGAGAAAGAAAGCAAUGUAGAAAGUUGGGAAGCGUACGUUUUUUGCAAUUUUGGAACGCCUUUUAUGAAGACACCCUCAAAUUAUAGAGAACUAUUAAAAGAAGUGCAAUCCUCUCAAAUGUGCAAUAUAAGGUUUUCUCAUCGAAGCAGACAUUUUGAAAAAUGUAACUGGGGUGAAUACACUAGAUGUAACCAGACGGGCUAUUGGACUAAUUAUAACAAGACUAUAGACCAUGCUUGUAGUAAUUACACCUCUCUGUAUAUGGGGCAAUACAGAAAUGUGUUCUGCUUCAUGUGUAAUACUAACAAACAACCAAAAAUGGGAUGUACAUACCAAGAUUUUUGGAAGUCAACUGGAGGAUAUAGAUUUGGGUCAUUUACUGGAUUAAUAAGCUUAAGAACACAUGUUGUCGUUGCUCCAGUGGACCAGUGUGGUGAUAAAGAAAUAUACGAUUCUCUUAAGGGUGUGUGUCGGGAAGUCAUAUGUCCAUCUUAUUACCAGUAUGAUAAGAAUAAUAAUUCCUGUGAAGCGAUAUUCAGUGACAUGUCUAAUCAAAUGUAUGAGAUUUACUACAAAGCAGUAAUAUCUGACAAUACUUGUACCACUCAGUCAUGUUAUAUACAGUAUGCCGCAGCAGUAGAAUUUGCAAUAAAAGUAAGAAUGAUGUCGGAUCUCCAAGGACUUGCUGAGUGUGGAAGAAGUCAUACAGAGUGGUACAGUGAUGGUUUGACACAAGGAAACAGUUCAAAUUUCAUCGUGAUUAUCAAAAUAACAUUUGCAAAGCUAAGUUCUCAUGACCACGAUCGAUAUAUAAAAACUUUUGCAUCAUUAAAUGAAGUAACGAUAAUAUAUAAGGAAACAUUUGUAACAGUUAAUCUAAAUAUAACUUCAAGUAUGGAACUGGAAUUUGACAGAACCAUCGACAAACUUCCUAGGACGUUACCAGAUAAAGAUGAUGUGGAAUGUAACUUGAGCUUUGAAACCAUAAGCUUAGUUUCUGAUUUAUUCUGUCCCAGAAUUAAGGUUAGUGUGGAUGAAGUUGUCCUUACGGGCAGUUACUUGGAAAUGCCGAAUUAUAAUGCAACAUUCGUCUUCGAAAGUGUUAUCAAAAUAGAUAACGAUUACCUGUUCUGCUUAUAUCCAUUCUUGGCGUUGAUUCGCAAUAACACUGUGACUAGGGAUAUUCUUACGGAAGACACCGUGGAAGAAAUAUUAUCGCUCGUGUGUUCAUUAGCAUCAAUAGUAUCUUUAGUCAUAACGCUUGUUAUAUAUUUAGUUUUAAAGAAACUUCGUACUAUUCCAGGAAUUAACAAUAUGAUGCUAUCUCUACAUCUGCUAAUUGCACAUUCGUUAUACCUUUUUGGCUUUAAUGCCACCAGAAACGAUAAACUAUGCUCAGCCCUUGGAUUACUGACGCAUUAUUUCUGGUUAGCAUCAGUUUUCUGGAUGCACAUAUGUACUGUUCAUAUGUUUCGAGUUUUCUUCAGUAUGAAAAUGAAACCGACGGUUAAACAAUCAAAACGAGUGGUAAUAGUCUAUAGCCUCUAUGCUGCUAUAAUUCCGGUUCUUUUAGUAGCCUCUAAUAUAACUUAUUAUUUAACAAGUGAUGAAAACAAGAAAACAACUGGAUACCUAGGAUACGGGGGAGAAAAAUGUUAUAUAACAUUGAGAGAUAUGAUAUUGUUUACUUUUGCAAUACCUAUUGGUAUUUUGCUAGUCACAAAUAUUGUUUUGUUUUGUUUAGUCGUUUACAAACUUGAAAAUCUCCCAGAAGUGAAUUCCAACAAUUGGAAAGAUAGAAACAUGUUUGUUAUCUAUACAAAGCUGACAUGUCUCACCGGGAUAACAUGGAUUUUUGGAUUUAUUUAUGAAUGGAUCCCUGUAUCUGGAUUAUCAUAUACAUUUAUUCUGUUAAAUGCAUCUCAAGGAUUGUUUAUAUUCUUAUCUUUUUGUUGUAAUGAUAGAGUACGAUCGAUGAUCUGUGUCAAAUGUCGAGCUUCGGAUACACGUGAAUCUUCAAAACAGACUGGGUCAACUGCAGUAUACACAAAAGCACAAAUGCACAAUUAGGAUCGUAGUAUACAUGAUUUCAACAAAACAAUUAAUUAUGAUAUUGAUUCUACAUGUUCUAUGAGGAUGGAUUGGAAAAUCAAUAAAACAAAAAAAUAAUGUGAAAUUGAACUCAAAAUAGCAGUCACCUAUCCGUGAUUCUGCUUUGUUGAUGGCCACUGUCCUGUUGUAAGUCUUAUCAUUACCCGCAAAUGUGUAUACCUGAUGACCAGAAAGAACAUAUAAACAAAUGUUCUGAAUUAAGUUUAUUUGUGCAUGAUAUGAUAAAAAUCUAGUAGUUAUGAAACCUACGAUGUUAUAGAAAAAAAAUGAAUUUUCUUGAGAAACUAACAUGAUCCCCUAGAAUUUUGUAUCGGAUUCGUUAUCGCAAAAAUUUACUCGGUAUUAAUUCUGAUUUCGUCUUUUAUAUGGGAUAGUUAUAUCUUUUUAAUUUUAAAGAAUGAAUAAAAAGAUUCCUUAGGAUAGCGUUUCAUGUAUCAAUUAUCUUAGA